UAUUUCUGUCUCUCUGUUGCAGAUGCCGCUGUGAAUGGCCGUGCGCUGGCUCCCCGCCCAGGCCUCGGCCCUGGCCCCGGCCUCGGCGCGCUCCGCGUGGAGGCCAUGAAGGCCAAGGCGACCGACGAGGAUGGCGGCGUCGAGACCGUCGUCGGGGUGCGGCCGGCGCUCAAGUCGUUCCUGCAUCAGGUCAUCAGCGACCAGCAGGAGUGCAACAAGGGCGGGCUGGGACCGGGGUUGGGCCCGCUCGGGCUCAACGGCAAGCGCACCGUGAGCGCGCUCAGCCGGCUCAUCGAGCUGCCGAACCUGGACGCUAAGAAGGAGCCGCCCAGCCCGCCCGCCAAGCCCAAGAACAACGUCAACAAUAACAACAAGAAUGUCCGAGGCCACGAGCGCCUCGAGAGGAAGGCGGCCGUGCUGCUCCCAGACAAGCCGGCCGUGCAGGCCGUGGAACCUGCGCCGUCCAGCAAGCCGGCCUCCGCCACAGCGGUCGCCACCGCGGCCGCCGCGACGCCCAACGGCGCGGGGCAGCGCACCAAGACCGUCACCGACGACUGGUGGCGGGAGCGCGCCUCGCGGCCCGGCGCCACGGCAGUGGCCUCGUCGCUGCGGAGGGAGGCCCUGUCGCGGAAGAGCUCCGACGCGGACGGGCGGCGGGGCGCCAGUCCCGCGCGCAAGCCCUCCUUCAAGGUGGCGGCGCACAGGACCAAGUCGCGGACGCACACCCCGGCGGUGACCGCGGCCGUCAAGGUGACGAUCCCGUCGACGCGUAGCAGCCGCGUCCAGGCCCUCGCCACCAAGUUUAACUCGAUGGAGGAGACCACGCCGCCGACGUCACCGACGAGCCCCAGCCCGGCGCCGGACAUCAAGAUCAUUGUCGGUAACCGUGCGGGCGUCCUCAAGUCCGUGUCGCCCGCCAUCAUGGACGAGGUCAAGGCCCUCAGCGACAAGAUCCACCACCUGCAGGACCUCCAGGACAAGCAGUCCAAGGUGGCGCUCGUCCGGAAGAGGCCGUCGUUCGCCAAAUCGCGCGUCGCGGCCAACGGCAACAAGGUGAAGGCCGCCGUGAAGAUCUUCGAGCAUGGCCCGGGAGAGACCGCGACCCAGACCACUAAAUCGCGGCCCACUACCCAGGACGGCGCGACGCAGACCCCUCCCGCCGUGGACCCCCCUGCCACCAACGGUCUCACCCUAGGCGCGGGCGCCGCGGAGGAGACUGCCAUAUCCGAUGUGCCAAAGAAGGAGGAGACAUCCCGCCGCAAACCUCAGCGACCCGUCAGCCCCGUCAGCCCGGGCGCGCGCCGAGUCAGGGAGGAGACCUUGGCCGACAAGGCCCUGGCGGACAAGGCCAGACGCUCCUACAACCACAAGGUGAUGCUCAAGACGUCCAAGUCGGUGCUGUCGGAGAACUCCUCCAAGAGACUGGUCGUGGUCAACUUUGACGACGACGACAUUGAUGCCAUACCCCCGUUGCCAUCCACACCACCCCCGGACCAGCGUCCAGCGACCACCUCCAGCAGCACACCCGUCAGGGACAUCCUGGCCAGGGCGGUGAGCCCCGUCCCCCUGCCUGUCGCGCCGGAGGUCACAGCCCCCAAGCUUCCGCCUCCUGGCGAGAUCGCCGACGAGAAGGAACCCCCCGUCGCGCCGGCACUUCCGGAGCGCAACACACUCGCGGAGGAGGACGACGAGGAGGCCAUGAACGCCAAGAUCCAGGCCAACAGGUCCUUCCUGUGGAGGCCAGCACCUCCCGUCCCGCAGCAGAGCAAGCGGAAGGAUACCGAUGACGGCCCAUCCUUCCGGGCCGUCCCCGCCCUGAUCGAGCCAGACGUGGAAGUCUCUCUGGCAGGCCGCGAUGACAACCCCGAGGUGGACGAUGACCCUCAAGAGCUGUACGACGACGUGGUCUCGCCGACGGACGAGAACAUUUACGACGACAUCGGCGUGGACGUCAAGAAGCGCGACGAGCAGCCGCAGCAGGAGAUGUACGAGACGUGCGGCGGCGGCAACUACGACGACUGCGAGGGCGAGGGGUACCAGUUCGUGGACAGCGCCGGCCAGCAGGGGCCCGCGUCGGCCGCGGUGCAGGCGCAGGCCAGCCCGCAGCGCGUCGCCACUACCCUGGAGGAGGAGGACGAGACCGAGGACAACAUCUACGACGACGUCCUAUCGGAGCGGAGGCCGCCCUCGCCUCCCGCGCCCGCCGAGGCCGACGACGCCGUGUCGACGAGCGGCGUGUACGAGGCCAUCUACCUGGUACGGCCCAAGGGCCAGCGGGGACCGCCGCCGUCGCGGAGGCUGCCGCUGCUGCCGCCCGGCGUCCCCGGCCGCGGGCUGGGCGUCGGCCGCCACGGCAGCAGCUGCAGCAGCAGCAGUAGCAGCCGGAGCAGCAGCGCCGGCAACGCCAGCAGCUACUGCGGCAAGAUCAACAGCAUCUACGGCGAGUCGCUGACUGACGAGCAGGCCAUGGCAGUGGCCGCCGUGCUGGAGCUGCCGUUCGAGCCCGGAGCGGUGCAGGCGGCGCGGGUGCCGCUGUCCGAGACGAGCGACGAGUGGGUGGACCUGGACAACACGCCCACCGACCAGGAGGACCAGGACGACGAGGAGACCAUCGUCGUGUUCAGGGACCAGCCCCGGCGCCGGCGCGCCACCAGCUGGUCGCGGAAGGUCCGGACGCAGCGCACGAGGAGCCCCAGGAGGCGAGGUAAGGAGCAAAGCAGAUAGACAACACAAGCAGCACGGGUUGUGCACG